CCUCCGAUGCGGUGGGAUUAGUCAAACCGUGGCGGGGAGCCACCGAGCGGGGGUCGGGAGACGAACCGGUUCGGUAGACACACGCUUCAGUGCCUUUUCAGCAGCAGCCUUCCUUCCUUCCGGCUGCCGGGGAACAAUGGUGCGGCAUCGGACUGACAGGCUCUCGGGGCAACGUGACUUCCUCCGUCCAAUCAGGGCUUGAACACCACGAAUCAGCAGCCGCAGAGCUCUCGAAACACGCAUUUUGCACUGGCUUUGGACACCAGGCAAUGCAAUGUCGUCAUCCUGUGUGAUACAGUUGCAUGUCCGUGGAAACUCAUCAAGAGAUGAAAGAGACCAACAGGCAAAUUGCUGCCACUCCCGGAGGCAUUAUUGUAAGGAGGAACUUAUAUAUUUGGGAGGACGUCAACUCUGCUGGCAGCACGCGUUUAAGCCGAGCGGGAGCACCUGAAACCUUUUAAGCCGAAAAACCGAGCGCUGAGCCACUGUAGGGCCAUCAUGUACCAGGCAACUGCCACCCAGCGAGCAGACAACACCAUCCCCAGCAGGGUCAUGGAGGAGUCUGAGAUCUGUUCCGUGCCUGGGGGACCCGCCAGUGUUAGAAAACAAUUUAAGACCCAGGAAACUAUCUCCACCACCACAUCACAUGUAACCCAGUUCCAUUUUCAGCACAGCGGUGUGCAGGAAAUGUCACACUCAGAGAUCUCAGUUUCAAGUGGUGGGCAACAGGUGGUCACGGGCAGUCAGCAGCUACUUUCCAACCGAGAAACAAUGGUGUCAGACAGUGGCAAAAACAUGCAUUACAGCAUUGAAAACCAUGAAAAUGAAGAAGAGGAAUUUCCAAGGUACACAACAAAGGAACUGAGGGCUCACUUUGAAAGAACCAUUGAGGAAGCGGCCCCGCACAAACCAAUUAAGAUUGGACGUGACAUCAGUCGGUCAAAGUGGUCCUCCAAUGUGACCCAAAGCAACACGGUGGCUAAUGAGGUGAACCAAGAGUCAGCGGUCCAAGAAGAAGAGGACGCACAAGAAGCAGUGAUAGAAUACGAGGACUUUCCACCGCCGCCACCACCGGCUGUAGAAGACUCUGAUUACCUUCCGCCGCCACCACCGGAUUUACUUCAAAUGUCAUCAGGCAUUGAAAAUAUUGCCGUCACUCAUUACUCACUUGAGGAACCUCAAGGACCAGUAAACCCGGCCAAAAACCUUCUCAGCAAAGAAGCUUAUAUCAAGCAGAAAAGCAUGUCGGAGCUGAAACGUCUAUACAAGCAUAUUCAUCCCGGGGUUCGGAAAAAUAUCGAAGAGGAGUUCUACAACGAAUACAACGAGUGUGUAAACAACCAGCAUGAUAGCCAUGCAUACAUGUAUGAAGAUGAAGCAGAUGUGACUGAUGAGGAAUACGAAUGGGAAGAAAUUCUGCCCGGAGACGUGCAAGCAAGGCGCUGGAUGUUUGAAAAUAAGCCGCUAGAUGCCAUCAAAGAUGAAUCCCCGGAUGGAGAUGAAGAAGAUAACAAGAUUAUAGAGAAAGAGAUGAUUCUCGGAAAGGACGUGAGACGCACGGCGUGGAUGUUCGAGACCAAGCCGAUGGAUGAGCUGGGUCCACGUGCAAGCGACUCCAUGGAAUAUAGGAACAAGUUCAACAAGUUUGACAAGGGAGACGUCCGAGCUGCAGCGUGGUUGUUUGAAACCCAAACGAUGGACCGUCUGAAUAAAAUGCACCAAGAUGAGGAGCUCACCAAAGAGGUGGUAUUUACAGAAGAGGAUGGAAAUGCCACCAUUUACAUGAUUGACAAUAAGUACAUGGAAGGUCUCGGACACACGGAGACAGUCGACGAGAGUCAUCUGUUGAGCUUAAGAACGGUCAUCGAAGAAAUCAAUGAAGAGGAGAAAACCAUAACAAGCACCUUUGACACUCAGUUUAAAUGCUUCAUUAUGGGACAGUCCAGUCAGAUGCUGGAGAUCAAAUCCGUGCGCAAAAUUGAAACCGAGCUAGAGAAUUCCAUUGCGUCACGCUGGCUUUUUGAUACUCAGCCUCUUGAUGUGAACGAACCUCUUUCAUCUUUCAAGCUGGUGUGUAGUCUUUCGAUGGAAGACAGUAACAAAGGAGACUGGGGCCGAUGGUUGUUUGAGAUAAAGACGUUGAAUUCCCUUACCGAGUUAGAAAGCUCAAAAAAUGAGGAGGUCGCUGGCGCGGACGUGCGCAAACACUGCUUAGUGUUUGAAACACAACCAAUGGACUCUCUCAAAGAUAAUUCAAAUGCCACGUCUCAGUCUGUUGAAGAAAUUAUCGGGGGUAACGUUAGAUCGGCGAGAAACUUCUUUGAAAGCAGCCCUCAAAUGGAGAGGAAGAACUGCCCUGAAGUUGGCAAACUUAAAAAUGCGCUAGUGGAUGAAGACAUAAGAGGUGAUGUGAGACAUCAAAAGUGGCGCUUUGAGAGUCAACCUCUAGAGCACAUACGAGAGGAAAAGAAAGAGAUAACUCGCACAGUAAACAUCGAGGAGGACCUCUUACAAGAGGAUGGCACAAUUUGCAGAGCAGACGUUCGGAGGAAUUGCUGGGUUUUUGAGACUCAGCCAAUGGAUAUGUUAAAAGAUGAUUCAAAUAGCCUCCCCUUGACAAAAGAGGAAAUUGUUGCAGGUGAUGUGAAAUCAGCCAGGAAUUACUUUGAAACUAUUCCAAUUGAAGAGCCUAAGGAGCUGGCAGAAGUGGGCAAACUUAAGAAAAUGGUGUUGCCAACUGAUGCGCCUAAGGAACUUGCAGAGGUGGGCAAGUUGAAGAAAAGGCUGGAACCUGAUGAGGAGAGGGGAGAUGUUCGACAUCAGAAAUGGAGAUUUGAAAGCCAACCUUUAGAGCAGAUUCGAGAUGAAAAGAAGGAAGUUGUCCGAACGAUCGACUUGGAAGAAAUUGAAAAAGUGGACGUGUCAAACUAUAAGCAAAUCUUUGAGAGCACCGAAUUCAACAUAAGAGAUGAGUCUCAAAAGAUCACUAUUGAGGGUGUCACAAGUGGCUCAGUGCAAUCCAACAAAAACUUGUUUGAAUCGGGGCAAUUGUAUGCCAUGCAGGACAGCUCCGGCCACUACCACGAGGUGAAAACAGUGCGUCACGAAGAGAUAGUGAGCGGAGAUGUAACAACAUACAAAUGGAUGUUUGAAACACGACCGAUUGACCAAUUUGAUGAAAGCAUUGACAAAUACCAAAUAAUUAAGGGUAUAUCCAAACAGGAAAUAGAAUCUGGGGAUGUUAAAACUGCCAAGUGGCUGUUUGAGACACAGCCUCUUGAUGCCAUCAAGUAUUUCAGCAACAUUGAAGAUGAGGAAAUGCAAACUAAAAAUCAAGAAAUUAUGAAAGGAGAUGUAAAAAACUGCAGGUGGCUUUUUGAGACACAACCAUUGGACAUUCUGUAUGAAAAAGUGGACCGAAACAGUGAAAAUCAGUCUGAAGAAAUGCUAAAAGGUGAUGUAAAAACAUGCACGUGGCUUUUUGAAACGCAAGCCCUUGAUACAAUACACGACGAGACAGAAACCAUAUUGAAAUCAUGCACUGUGAAUCAAGAGGACAUUCAAGGGAAAGAUGUCAGGACAACGCGUUUUCUCUUUGAGACAGAAAAAUUGGAGAAUCUCUCUGAUAGUUCAAGUUCAUAUAAGCGCGUCACAGAGAUUGAUAUUGCAUCCGGAGAUGUGUCAAGAAAGAAGCACAUUUUUGAACACGGCACAUCUGAUAUCAUGACAUCAACGUCGGAGGAAAUGAUGCAACAUCUUAAGAAAGUUCAGUCUGAGGAUAUCCAGAAAGGAAAUGUCGUGACCUGCAAAUGGCUCUUUGAAAAUCAAUCCAUAGAUACUAUACACGACGGCCAAGAGGAAACAUUGACGGGCCGCACAGUGAUCGACGUACAAGGAGGAGAUGUAGACAAGGGCCGUUUCAUCUUUGAGACCUUCUCCUUGGAUAAAAUUAAGGAGGCAGCAUCUGAAACCGAGCUGUCGACAUCGCAAACGAUUGCUCGAAACGAUGAAGAGAAGGGCGACGUGAGAAAUUACACAAUGCUCUUUGAAACUAAACCUCUUUAUGCUAUUCAGGACAAGGAGGGUCAUUAUCAUGAAGUUACCACAGUCACCAGCGAGGAGGUGACACGUGGAGAUGUCAUCGGAACUCGAUGGUUGUUCGAAACCAAACCCCUUGACGCCAUCAAGGAUUCCGAUGAGGUUUACGUCAUUAAAUCUGUAACGCAGCAAGAUGAGCAAAAAGGGGACGUGACCGCUGCUAAGUGGAAGUUUGAGACACAACCUCUUGAUAGGAUUUCUGAAGAAGACAGGACUUUCAGAAAAACUGUGGAUGACGUUCAAGGGGGCAAUGUUCGAAUGAAUAAAAAUCGCUUUGAGUCUGAUAAUAUGUUGCAGGACACUGUCAGAACAGUUAAUGUAAGUGAAAUACAAAAAGGUGAUGUCAGGUCGGCCACGUGGAGAUUUGAAACUCAGUCAAUUGACAAAAUAAGAAGCCUGAGCUCUGAAAACCUGCUUGAGACGGUUAAAAAAGAAGAGGUGCAAAAGGGGGACGUGAAGCAGUCAGUUUGGCUGUUUGAGAAAAACCCUUUGGACCACAUUAAAGAGGUCGAUGAGGAUGAGGAGACAAGUGUCAAUCGAGAAGAAAUAAUCAAAGCAGAUGUAAAAUCAACGACGUGGCUCUUUGAAACAACGCCUUUUGAUAACUUUAAUGAGACAAAAAUGGAGAAGACGGAAAUCUUGGGCAAGAGUGUCAAAGGGACACUUGAAGAGCUUUACAGUCAGAAAAUGGUGACAUCGAAAGGAAUACUCAUCGAAGCUGAUGAAAUUGGGGAUGUCAGGAUGGCAAAAUACAAUCUAAUGAAUCAGCAGGCUCCUGAGAUUCAGCGGGAGGAAGUCAUUAGAGGGGAUUUGCAGACUAUUAUGAUGAACCUCCUAAACAGGCAGGAACAACAGGGUCGGCAGGUGGUCAUCGAGUCAGAGGAGAAGGGUAACAUCAGUUCAACAGUGUGGCAACUUUUCAACCAAGAGAACAACAAAAAUAUUGAAAAGGAAGAAAUUGUUCGAGGGGACAUUCAGGAAGCCAUAAAUAACCUUUUCAAUGAGAGUGUCCCAGCUAAACAUGGCCUUCUCAUUCAAGAAGACGAGAAAGGUGAUGUACGGAUGACAAUCUAUUCCCUUCUGAACAAACAAGAGCAUUUUAGUGUUGAAAAAGAGGGCGUGGUAAGAGGCGACAUAAAACAUGCUCUGCAAAAACUGUCCAGCCAAGAUGAGCCUGAUCUUACAAAUAGGAUAACAGUGGAUGAUUCUGAGAAAGGAAAUGUCCAUUUUUAUUCUACGUGUAUUGAAUCUGGGGCCCUCAGUUAUCUGAAACAGCUUCAUUUAGAACCAGAUGAAGUAUCAGCUGACACUGUUGAGAAAGAAAAGAUAAUUGGUGGGGACAUUAAGGGCAUGAAAGUCAUCCUUAGUCGCAAUCAAACUCAAGUGGAGCGCACAGUUGAUGAUGUAAUACCGGGUGAUGUUCAUAACACGGUCAAAGUUUUCAUGACAGAGCCCCCCGUCUCAACAGAGAGCCUCCAAAAGGAGGAGAUUGUGAAAGGGGAUUUGAAAGCUGCGUUGACUUCAUUGUCAGAGUCGGUUAAACAGACGGUUGUUGUAGAGAAGGAGGAGGUGGUGAAAGGAAACAUACCCCAAACAAUGCGUAGCCUGGAAAGGGCACAGCAUCGUCACAAGGAAGUGGAGAAGCCAGAUAUCAUCCCUGGGAACAUCAAAGGAGCUAAGAGAUCCCUUGAGAAAUCUGCAACUUCUCGAGUUGAAGCCCACAUAGAGGAUUUAGUUUCUGGAGAUGUUAAGGCCACUUUAAGAUCCCUUGAGCUGGCAAAGCAAGCAGUGCAUGAGGUGGAAAAGGAGGAAAUUGUGAGGGGUGACAUUCAUACAGCUAUGCAAUGUCUGCAAGAUGCUUCUGUUGAAAAGAGACCGUAUCAACAGGAGAUUGUUGUCCAGGGGGACGUCAAAGGAACAAUACAGCUCUUUAUGGAACCACCUUCCUCUCCCAAACUGCAAAGAUGCUCAAGCACUGAGGAAGAAGUAAAAGGUGAUGUCAAGAUGUCAAUUAAGUCCUUAUAUGAGACACAAGAGCAAACUUUAGUAGAGAAAGAAGAAGUGAUAAAAGGUGACGUAAAAGGCACAAUUAAAUCGCUUAUGGAAACGGCACAGCGUGAAACUCCCAAAGGAAAAGUCGGCUCCUACAGAAGAGUUAGAGUUAAGCAGCGGCCUCCUGUUAAGAAUUUAAAUGCCGAGACACAGAGGAACGCACAAAAAAUCAAAACUGCCGUUUCAGCUGAAAGCCAUUCUGUUGCUAAUGAGACAAAAACUGUUCAAUCACAGUCUUGUACGGUGGAAAGGAGGACCACACAAUCAAAAACUGUUGUCGAGCACAAAACCAUAACGCAAAGUCAUGGCAUCAAAACAUUAAAAACUGAAUUCUGCAACCUUAAGCCAAAAGGAAUGAUACGAUUAAAUAAAACUAAAGUACAAUCAACUGUUUACACCCCCAAAAGACAAGUGGCGGAGCCUGAUAUGCCUCUUCCUCCUCCACCUGUAGUAGACAUUGACCUCCCUCUACCCCCUACGCCGCCCCCUCCCUGUGUGGAUUCGGAUAUCGACCACCUCCCUCCUCCACCGCCACCAGCUACCAGUGAGCAGGAAUUCCUCCCACCACCACCACCUCAGCGAGAAAUGGAAAAAAUCCUCAAACAAUCAGUUCAUGUUUCACCAGUGGAGGCCAAAAAGAUGAAGGUAAAGAAAGUCAAAGUUCCACCUUUGUGUCCUGUCCCGAAGCUUGAGCCUAAAGUGGAUACAGUCCAGUCCAUUAGUACGACAUGCUCAUCAAAAACAAUUGAAGUUCCGCCGCCACCGGAAUCGCCACGACCGCCGAGGAAAGUUUGCAUCUCCCCUAUAAAAUUCACUCCACCACCUUCACCACCUCCUCAAAUGAGAGUGAAAACAAGCAAAUUCAAUACCCCAUUAAUAAAAGCGGAGGAAAAGUACCGGAAGCAUAAGGAGGAAAGCACUCCUCCGACCACUCCUACUCCGCCUUAUGUAAAUGACUCACUUACGGCAGCUCUUAACAUUAUUGCCACCGAAGAUAUAAAGCACACGAAAAACAUACCAAAAAUAAAACAGGCAGCGGCUGAAAAUGCUGCUUUGAUGCUUAAUUUAGACUCAUCAAGUGAUGCAUCCAAGCAGAUUGUUAUCUCCAAUAGCAUUCAGAGCAAUGUCAGCACAAGUCAUGAAAGAAUUUUCGCAGGGUCUGCCACAAUAUCAUCUGCCAAACAGGAAAUCAUUUCUAACGAGGCUUCUAAAGUCGUUUCUGUUCAAAAGAGCUCUACAGUCACCGCUACGAGACAAAGUGCGCACACGACAAAACAGAAAACGGUUUCUCUUUCCUCCCAAGUGUCGACUCAGGCUGUCAUUGCUGACCAAAUUCGCACUGCAGUCACUGAUUUUGCAGAAACUGAAAAAGAAACUGCUGUUGAGAAGAAAGCUGUAAAAAAUCUGGAUGCAAAGGGAACUGAUGUAACUGAAAGAAAGCUGGAUGACGGAACAAGCAUGGAUAAUGCAACAGGCCUCGUUAAAAUGGUGAAACCUGAAACCACCCUACAGAAUUCAAAGAAAUCCCAAUCACAGUCCAGGAGAAAAGAGAAACUAGAAUUACCCACUAAUCAAUCUCCCGCCAAGAAGCAGGACACUGAUUCUGAUCCCCAGAAACAAACAGACAAAGCAGAAGCCAUUGACACUGUGAAAACAGGCACAACAAACCAAAAGGUGAAAAAGAAUAAGGAGGAAAAGCAAAUUGAUGCAAAGGUAGAGGAAGUGAGAAAAACUGAGGUAAAAGUAAUAAGUGAGUCAAGUGAGAUAAAGACAGAAUUAAGGCAGGAAUUGACAAAAGUGUCUCCCAGCCCAGCUGAGGAGAUUACAAUGAAUUUAACAGACAGCCAAACAGUGAUUUCCACACCAGCAAAGAAGAAAAAGAAGUCCAAAAAGUCUAAAGGCAGUAAAGAUGCUAGCGCAGAAUCAAAGAUAGCAGAAACAGUAGGUGAAACACAAGAAACAAUUGCCGUUUCCCACAUUCACUCAAAUUUAAAAGAAGAGAACAUUCAAGAUGCCUCGAUGGCAGAAAGCAAAGACGAUGAGAACUCCCAGGAACUAAAAGCACAUCAAAAUUAUCUGAAGGGAUCGCAAAAGAAGAAAGAACAGACAAUUGCUCUGAAGAGCGCACAGGCGACACCGGAGAAAAGUCGUGCUGACCCAAUUAAAGAGCCAGUUGAGUCAGAAUCAAAUGAAAUAGUAAAGUCAACAUCAGUGGGAAUGGUAGAACGUCAGAAACAACAGGUUUCAGGCUUAAUCUCGGUUUCCAAAACUCAGCUUGGUUCAUUUUCAGAUAUUCUAGCAAGCCCAGAGGUAGUUAACAAAUCGACCGAGCAAGCACCAAAAGAUGAUAUGAGAGAGAAGCAUGAAUUGGAGUCUGUUACUGAGACAACUGCAUCUACUAAAAUAUCCAAGAUCAGCAUUGGUUCCACUAAAGUCCAGACACAAACAAAGAAAGAAAUCUUAAAUGAAAGCAGAAAAGUGAAACGAACUGACCUCCGAGCUCCCUCCCCAUCACUGAGAACCCGCUCUCCCUCGCCCACAUUCAUCACCAUCGAGUCCAUUCGGAGGACAGACUCACCCCAGAGAGUUACUCCCUCGCCUACACUGCUACACAGGCCAGCCACACCUCCCACGCCGCCACCACGGCGCUGUGAAACUCCAACGUCUCGUAUUGCGAGAAUCACACCCUCUCCGACGUUUGACAGAGCUGAGAAUUUGCCUCGACUUAAAGACACCACUGCCAAGCUCUCGCGCGGCGUUACCCCGCCACCGUUAAUUUCCCCACAGCUAAUGUCUGAGAGGAAGUCUGAAAUCGUAGAGACACCUGCAUCAUUCCAUCGGCAAAUCAAACUUGAGACCGCCCACGGCUCAGAGGAGACGUCCAUAAAGAAUCUUUUAGAAAAGAUAGAAAAAGAUACCUUGGAAACUCUCGAGUCUUUUAAUGUAAAUGAAACCCGAAGUAGCUCAGACAUCAAUCCGCCCUUUUGUAAUGAUAUCCCUGAAGAUAAUUCAGAGUUAUCACUGGCAUCAGUUAAAGAAAAGAGGGAAUUUUUUGAGGAGGCCCAAAAGGCUGAAAUGAAUAAAACCUAUAGCCGGAAGGAACCAAUUGCGAUCCCUGAACGGCUAGGCCCAGACCUGGAAGACAGCAACGAAGUUAAUUUGCACAAACAAAAUGAAGAACCCUCCAAAGCUGAUUUUGCCGGUCUUGUAAAUAAAUCUGAGUCAACAGAUAAAACAACUAUCAGCAAGGAGUUAGCCCCACAUGCCGAUUGGUUUGAAAAAAAAAGUGACAACUGCAUCAAAGAGAAAGAAGACAUCUCAGAAAGGGUGUUGCCAGAUUUCAACAUCCAGGCUUUUAAGAAAGUUUUUGAAAUGAAUGAGCAAAGAUUCUCGUUAGAUGAGCAGAAAGGGGAUCAGGAGGAGUCGGCGUCAAGUCGGAGAGAAGCGUCAGUCGACACAUCAAAGCCGCAAAGUCCUCCAGAGAUGCAGGGGGGCUUAGAGCAGAGCUCUACCCUCCCUCCGCAUGAAAAACUGGUAGAAAUUGUACGGACAGAUCCAUCAGCCCCCUCUGAGAACAAAUCAAUCACAGAGCACUUCUCAAACGUUGAUGUGUUGGGGAGCAAGGUCACGACGACAAGUGUCAGUCAGCAGUCUGGCAGCGCGUCAAGACAGUCGGCUCCUUUUUCUUAUGCUGACGCGGUGAAAAGAAAAACGGUCAGGCGGACGCAAACCUACGACAAAGACGCCACAGAGAACUUGUUGAAGAACUUCCACCACACCCGAAAAGAGAGCGAGACGGUCCUCGAGAGUUUAGGCUACACCGUGUCAGAAGUGAUGACGUCGCAAGCAAUGUCCCAUCAGACUCAUCAGACAACUAUUGUCUCCGGCUCGAGUUCCCAAAUCGGAGCUCUGCACAGUGUGUCGAAGGAGGGUUUACCCGAUGGAUGGAUGGAUAGUGGACAGAAAAAAGUACCAUAAAUCCUGUUUCUUUUGCGAGCAAUGCAAAAGUAAACUAAGCCUGGGAAAUUAUGUCUCUCUCCACGGACACUUCUUCUGUCUGCACCACUACAAACAACUCCUUACGUCCAAAGGGAUGUACAAUAAUGAACUCGGCCAGAAAGCUCCUGCAGGAAGCAGCGGAUUCGUCCCACCAGACCAGAAAC